UGAUAAUUUAACUUUUUUUUUUACCGUGCCACAACAGAACCCGCCCGUUCCUUUCUCUUCUCAAAACCUUUCCUUUCCUUUCCAAUCAACAAUGUCCAAUAACGACUUUGGCAAUCCUUUAAAGAAGUUUAAGCUCGUGUUUCUCGGAGAGCAAAGCGUCGGCAAGACGUCGCUUAUUACACGAUUUAUGUAUGAUACCUUUGACAACACAUAUCAGGCUACCAUUGGUAUCGACUUUUUAUCAAAAACGAUGUACCUGGAUGAUCGAACCAUUCGCUUGCAACUGUGGGAUACUGCUGGUCAGGAACGAUUCCGGUCGUUGAUCCCAAGUUAUAUCCGUGAUUCCUCGGUCUGCGUUGUUGUCUACGAUAUCACCAAUCGAAACUCGUUUGCGCAUACUACGAAAUGGAUCGAUGAUGUACGAGCGGAACGAGGAACUGAUGUGAUCAUUGUGUUGGUUGGCAACAAGACGGAUUUAAAUGAUAAACGACGUGUUAGCGUCGAAGAAGGGGAGAAAAAGGCACGAGAGUAUAAUAUCAUGUUCAUUGAAACGAGUGCCAAAGUGGGAUAUAACGUCAAAUCACUGUUCCGAAAGAUCGGUCAUGCACUGCCAGGCAUGGAUAAUGGGAUGGCAGAAGAAAGCAAAGAACAAUUGACCAAGGUGGAUCUUACCGAAACGGCUGCUCCUGAUAAGCAGGAAAGCAGCUUCUGUGCUUGUUAAAAACGAAGCCUUGGUAGUAGUAGCAGUUUAUUACGAUGGAUGACGAUGUUGUUGAAACAGUCUCCUUAUACAUAUUUAUACCAAAAAAUGCCCUUCCCCCCCCCCUGCGCUCCCCGUUUGCGAACAGAUUCCAUACAAACCAAGGUUCUAAUUAGUAAAUAGUAGAUAAU